AUGGAUGAUGUAUGUGAAGACGAAGCUUUCUCGUUCCCAGAACAAGAAGAGAAGAUCUUACAAUGGUGGACUCAAGUCAAAGCAUUCGAAACGCAACUCGAGAAAACCAAACACCUACCGGAAUACGUCUUCUACGAUGGGCCUCCGUUUGCCACUGGUCUCCCUCACUACGGCCACAUCCUUGCCGGAACAAUCAAGGACAUCGUCACUCGGUACCAGACCAUGACCGGCCACCACGUUACACGGCGGUUCGGUUGGGACUGCCACGGGUUGCCGGUGGAGCACGAGAUUGACGUCAAGCUUGGGAUUAAGAGCAGAGAGGAUGUGAUUAAGAUGGGGAUUGACAAAUUAUAA